CAUGGAUCGAUGCAUUUGAAAUCCACUGCUUACUUUCUUCCAAAAAAACUGUGUUUUGGAACCGAUCCUCCAGGCCAUGGACAGGUGAAUAGGCUACGGGUCUAGCCUUGCGAGAUUGUAGACGAACGCGAACAGCUGUUGUUCCCAUCACCACGAGAUGCCCUGUAUUGUAAGACAUAUUGAUACACUUCCACCUCGGUCUAGUGGGAACUUUACCCUCGUAAGGUUUUCCCGGGAAAAUGUAUUACCAUGUGGGCCGAGCAAUACGGACAAGGAUUCCCCAAACUAUAGCCGCUUCGGACCCGCACCGGUACCUGCUGUAUGGAGGGUGACUACACCUUCAAGCCAUGGGAGAGAUUUUGAUCGAUUAUUCAAAUUUCUCCUCCUGGAGGUGGAUCUUGGAAGAUUGCGAAAAUCUACAGACCCUAAGAAACAAAUUCCGCGACCAAAUUCGACAUGGAGGGUCGUUGCCAUAUGAAUACGAUGUGGCUCUUCAGUCAUUGGAAAUGGUUCUUUCUCAACAAAUUCAAAAUGCGGAAAAGAUCUUACAAGACAGCUUUCCUCAACGUUCCGGAUUUCGAGAUCUUUAUGAAUUCAACUACAGCGGAAUUAGUGGAAAGGACGUCAGGUGGAGGCUGAGGCAUGGAAAACGAAUGGACGCUUUCUGGGACGGUAUUUUUUCGAAUCUGAGCCAUUGUACUGGGCAAUCAGCAAUCUGGUCGAACCGCCAAAAGACAGGAUAAAGUUUGAUGUCAGCAUGGUCAUCGCAUUUCUAGAUGAACAUCUUGCCAUCUGCUCCAAAUAGGAACGAGCGCGAAUGGAUGAGCAACUUUACGAGCAACUUUCCAAUUAUGCUGCUCUUGAUGAGGUCUGUCCAAGCACUUUCGCUGAAGUCAUUGUCAUGACUCACCCCGGAACAAUCUAGAUUGACUCUUUAAGAAGAUGCGGUAUGCGACUCGCCUCCAUCGACCAGGCUCGGGUCCCAAAUCGAGUACUCAUGAGUUGAUUAGAAUUAGCAAUUCGAGACAAUUCCGAUUUCUACGGAAUCCAGAAAGCGAAGCACUCAUGCUCAAGCAACUGGAGGAGAAUGGUGCUCUUAUUGAACCCCUUAUCAACUCCCUUUCUGCCGAUGAUGGACCCGGACAAGGAGGAAGAAAACGG